UGCGUUAGCUAUCAAGCUACAUGCAAACAAAAUGUCGACGUUUUCUCACUACAACGAGAGAGGGGUCAUUCGAGAUAUUCAAUCUCUCGCGGAAAUCAUUCAUCUCGACCACUCGUAUGCCAAGCCAUGGUCAGCACAUCCCGAUGCAUCAAAAGUACGUCCAGUCAAAACUUUGUUUCUGCCCAGAGAAGAUCUAGAGAACUUGCCUUUAGCAGACGAUGAGGAAAUCGAUGUAUGCGAACCGGCUGUUCCAUGUUAUUCUGCCAACAUCAUGUAUGAUACUGCAAAAGCUAAGACAGUUAUGGCUGAAUGUGAAAAGUUUGUGAGCACUGUGUCUAGUAAGAAGACUCCAGACACAUGGGAAGAGCAAAUUUCCAGAAAUGGCUGGGGUGCUAAGCAGAGUGUCUUGUUUGACAAAAUUACAAAAGUCCUGUCAAACCUGAGACUAGCAAGAUUGACCUACGAAGGACUUCCCAAUGAGCCUGUAAUGAGACGUAUAACAACAGACAAGGCAACCAAGAGAACAAGACAAAUCUUGAGUGAAACAGAAUGGGAUCCAAAUUUAAUGAAAUGGCUGCACAGUACCUUAGUGGAUGGUUUGAGUAUUCCUCUGUUGGCCUGCUACCUUGAUGUACUUCAGACUCUCAGAGCCAAAGUUCCAACACUUGUCGAUCGAAUGCUUGUUCAACCUUCCAGUCAGCGCCGUGGCUUGGCAGCCAGCCCAGAUGCUUUAAACUUGCUUCUGAAAAGACCUUGGGACCCUGCCCAUGGACUUGUUACUCAACAUAAACAGCGUAAACUACCUGGAACUCCUUUACUCUUGGUUGUGCCCAGUGGCCCAACAACAAGCAUCUGUUCUGGAACUUCAUCCAAGCGGGCUCGCUUCUGGCACAACCACUUGUCUGUCCUUGGAAAAGUUGUUCCUGUUACCAUGCACACAAGCAAUGGGGGAAGUGGGGUGUCAAUCAGCCAGUGUUUGGAUCACAUUAUCGGUGCUGUUAGAAUGAAAGUUUUGGAGUUAAGAAGUCAUUUUCCUAACCGUCCUGUCAUUCUGUUGGGCUGGUCUGUUGGCGCCUUGGUCUCGUGCCAGGUUGCCCUUAUGGAAUCUGUGUGUGCAGUUGUUUGUCUUGGUUUCCCAAUCACUGGUUUAUCAGGUGUAAGAGUGGGAGUGGAAGAUCCUUUACUGGAGUUGAAAACACCCACUUUGUUUAUUAUUGGAUCGCAUUCGACUCUCACGUCACAAGAAGAAGUGGAGGAAAUGCGCGAGAAAAUGAAAACAGACACAAGCCUUUUGGUAGUGGGAGGAGCAGAUGAACAGUUGCGUCUAACUCGCGCGAAGAAGAAACAAGAGGGUCUUACUCAGAGCAUGGUGGACAGAUUGAUAAUGGAUGAAAUCGGCGACUUCUUAGGAAUAGUUUUGACGUCUAUGAGCAGCAGUAGUUCACAUAACAGAAAUGACUCUUCGGACAUGGACGAAAUCGAUGUUCGGAAAAAGAAAAGGAAACGAUCGGUAUCACGAGAUCUGUCGUCGGAAUUGGAACGCUCGGCGGGUAAGCAAGCACUGACGUCACAAGCAUCGGCAAAGAAGUCAACCCCCCAUAAGUCUUCUGUUCAAGAACAAGGAAAAACGUUACUCAAGCUACCGUUAGGCAGUACAUUGGGGGCCAUUAGCAGCGUUCGCUCGCUUAGCCAGCCCAGCCCAGCCAAACGACCGAGGACUUCCAAGUCCAAAUCGAAACCAACCAAUCCGCCUCCAAGUGUAAUUCACGUGACUGGAGCUGCAUCUACAUCGGUAGUUACCAGUGUUCCUCAAGCUAUUCCCGUGCACCCUGGUUCCCUUACUGGGUUUCCAUUACAUGGAACAGCUGUUGCUCGCCAGGUGCCCUUGUCAAGCACGUCUGCAGGUGCACUAGCCACUGCCAACAGAGGGCAAGCCUUCAUUUCUUUGACACCGAAGAGCUCAGAUCCUGGUGUAAGGGUCACACAGACAUUCAUUACUCUACCGCGAGGAAGCUCUCCCUCGGUCUUGUCGUCAAAUGCUGCAACAGGGCAGACCGUGCAGUAUAUCAUUAAGCCUCAAAGUCAGCGACAGACACCUGUGAACCUCAGCUCUGUUGGUGCUGCUCUGUCUGCUCAGGGUGGUGUGGUACCCACUGCUUCUCAGUUGCCUGUAAGGACCAUUGUGUCAGCGCCAGUCAGGCAAACACCUCUUUCUCAAUCAUCGAGUUCUUCGUUUACUUCUGUUGUGAGUCUCAAAGGGGCCACUGUAACAACGCAAGCUCCUUCUUUUCCAUCUGGGGCUGUAUCGACGUCAAAUACAUCUUUAUCUGCUGUUUCCUCGCUUGGGAAGUUCUCCCCAUCGUCAGGUGUCCUGACCUCUGGAAGGCCUUCUUUCACCCGAGUAGGUGACGCCUCUCAACCAUCAACUAUCAGUGUUUUGACCAAGGAUGGAAAUAAGCUUGUUAUGUCCCAAGGUCUUAAAGGAUCGUACAAGAUAGUCAGUGGUACAGCGCUACAACCUGUGGGCAGUGGAACUAACACCCUGACUGGCCAGACCCAAGUUAUGUUUGGGCAUCCCGUGCGAUCACCUGCUAGUAGUACCCAGACAGUGAUCAAUCAAAAAGGGCCAGGGGCACCAGGAACGGUUGCCACCUCGCUGCCCGUUAGUCUCGCUGCUUUAGCCGGAAAACUGAAUAGUAGCAGCUCAGUUUCUCAAGCCGGUGGAAGAGUUACUCUUGUCCAAAACACGCGAGCACCUACCCUCCUUAGUCAGCCAGUUAGGACCGUUCCCAGCCAGGUGGUGUCUGUGCAGAGAACAGUACCUAGCAAGACUACCAACCCCCAAGCUUCAGUGGUACCAAACCUCCCAGGUGCGGUGACAGUGGCGAGAUCAGCAGCUACCCAGAUCUCUAGAGUCGUCUCUUCCGGGUCACCAGUUACUUAUGUACAGUCUGGAACAGCCAUUGUGACCAGUAAACCGAUAAGUUACCCUGUAGUUGGUUCACAAGUGACUUCCAUGGCAGCCCCUUCUUUUGCUGUUUCUUCCACGGCAGUAUCUACUGGCAAAGUAGGGCCAUCAGUGCAAGGGGUAUCAGUCAGUAAUAAGGUUGGAGCGGUGACAAAAACAGUAUUCAGUGUGUCGAAUGAGAAAAAGAGUGAUUCACAGCCUUUAAAUGUCGCGGUCAUUCCAGGCUGUGGCGGAAAUCCUGCUCAGCAAGACACGAAAACAGUACCAGUGGCUCAGGUGGCUUCAUCAGCGAAAACUACCGCUACAACUCAAUCGGAAGUGAAGAAAGCGUCGCCUGCCUACCCCGGGUCCAACGAUUCCGUCCCCAAAGAGACGGCUUCGUCUUGACCUUUGUUUUCUGCAAAAGAAAAAAGAAGAACUCUGAAGAUAAUUGAAGACUCAUCUCAAUGAUUCGAUUCCUCAUGAAUAAAAAACAUAGUCUCUCUAGAGUUUCUGGCCGCGUGUAUUCAAACUCAAGUUUAUUCUCACUGCACUGUUCGAGCUUAAUCAGUCAUCAACUUUAUGAUUGUAGUUUUUGUGUCUAUUAAAAAGACGUGCAACCGACUUGAA